AUGGCAGAGGGGGGAAGGUAUCGUUCCAGUCUGAGGGAAUUUGGUGAGAAACAUUUACAGUGUUCCAUAUGCCAUGAUUGGUACAAGAACCCCAAGACCUUGACUUGCCUGCACAGUUUCUGCAAAGAAUGCUUUAUGGGGUGUCACGGCAGUUCCAGUGUUACCUCUUGUGUCAAGUGUCCAGUUUGCCGGAAGGUAACUUAUAUUGGGGAAGAUAACAUAAGUGACCUUCUGACUGAUUUCAAACUGGCAGGCAUGGUAGAGGCGGUCACUAAGGAGCCUGUUGAUGAGGAGCAAACAUGCUCGGAUCACGUGGGAAAGGUAUGUUGCGGCUUCUGUUUUACGUGCGACCAAGUGAUCUGCUUCCUUUGUCUAAAGGAUUCUCACAAUGCUCACGAGGUAGGUGAAGUUGGUGAGGUAGUGGAAAUUCGCAAAGAGUAUGUGAAAGAACGGCCGAUGAAAUGCGAGAAAUCGCUGGAAGACGUUGCUAAGGCUCGCAAAAUGGUCUCGAAAAUGGAAAAAGACUGUCGAUCGACGAUUGGAGUAAUCAGGCAAAGCGUGGAAUCCCGUGCUGUUGAGGAGAUUGCAAGAGUUACUGCUGCUAAGCAACGCAUUAUGGACGAACUCAACAAGAUCCAAAACGACAGGAUGAAGCUUCUGUCCAAAUCCGCUCGAAAGCUCGACUCGGAGGAAGAAGAUUUGCGUAAAAUCAUCAAGAACUCCAAAGUGGUAAUUGCGGUAAGAAACGACUACAACUUCCUGAAGAAGUAUACAAAGUGGGAGGGCGACUUCGCCCAUUACCCCAAUCCUGACGUCAAACACAUUGCGCCGUUAUCAGUGGGGUUCUACCCAUCGUCAAAAAGUCGCGGUAGGGUCGACCUAGGUACACUCCGCAAUCCUGACAUCGGACGCGACGAGGACGAUUCUUGUGUUGGUACCGUGAUUCCGAAUCAUGACGAUGACGACAAGUAUUCUAGCGAAAUAUACAAAAAUGUUAAAAAGUGGCGAGGAAAUUGGCCGCGGGACAAUGUCUAAUUCCCUCCACUGUGUUUUGAAUAACUCUAUCAUAGUUAACAAGUUAAUGUACCCGAUCAUGAUCUGCUAUCGCGCACCUGUAUUUGUGUUGGGGUUUGUAUAAUGUGGGGAGGAGUAAUGUCAUUGAAAACACAAGUGCAAGGGCACGAAAUAAGAAAUAUAAGGCCGGAUAAACUGGUGGAUUUUCCUGUAACAGUAAAAUUGAAAGUUUGUCGAGAAACUAUAAUCAUCUGUGGGAAAAUUGUUGUUGGAAGAGUAACUGCAUUACAAAUGAAAUCCCCAAAAAAUGCAAUGUAGUCCCAGGAAUGAGUCCAAGCCUUGCACCCCUGCCCCCAGGCUCGAAAACGAAACUGGAACCACUGUGAAUAAUCAUGGAUUUUCUUAUACAUGUAGAUAUAGAUAGAGAAACGUGUUGCCACCGCUGUAUAUUGAACACUUUUACGAGUAUUAUAA